UCCAAUAUAUCUGAAAUAUAUCUCCUUUCACAAAAAAAAAAAAAAAAAAAAUCCGACGCCUAAAGGUAUUUUCUGCAUCCAACGAUGGCAGCUAUAGCUACUAGUGUUAACAUUGCAACCCAACGAGGCGUCGUCACCAGCGAGAAUCGUCCGGUUCGUCUCAUCGGUCCGGUCCGUUUGAACAAUCCGUGGAAUCUUGGUUCAAGAACAACGAACCGGAUGGUGAAAAUUAGACCGGUUAAAGCAACGCCAGAAGGAGGGAUAACAGAUAAAGUGGAGAAGAGCAUUAAGGAAGCAGAGGAGACUUGUGCAGGCGACCCAGUGAGCGGAGAGUGUGUAGCUGCGUGGGACGAGGUGGAGGAGCUUAGCGCAGCUGCUAGCCACGCUAGAGACAAGAAGAAAGCUGGUGGCUCGGACCCUCUGGAGGAAUACUGCAAAGAUAAUCCCGAGACUAACGAGUGUCGUACUUACGACAACUGAAUCAUGUUCCCCAUUUCCCGCAUAUUCCAAAUCUUUUGUUCUUGUCAAUUUGGUAUUCAGAUACGAUAUGAAUGCUGUCUUUGAGACUUAAAAUAGCUCCUAAAAACACAUUGUAAGAUUCCUAAGCGAAAUUCGAACAAAUCAUCAUUAUAUCA